AUGUUUGUGAUCCUUCUAUGCGUUGUCGCAGCAGUUUUGGCGGCUCCUCUUCCUCCUGCUGUAGAGGGAGACACAUGGGCACAAGUCUGCUGUCAGGACAAUGACCUUAACCAGAGCGGUGGUAUCAGCUUCCGUGAAUUUACCAACUUCACUUUGCAACUCAUGAAUCUGAAUAGAGCAGAAAUGGAGCAGCUCUUCCUGUCUGGUGACGUUGAUCGCAACAGUGAGCUAGAUGGAGAUGAAUGCAUUCCAAUGAGAGCUGCUCUUCAAAAGGCUCUCAAGGAGAAGGGUGAAACCCUGUUCAAAAAAUAUGAUACGGACAGAAAUGGUAAGCUAUCCGAGAAUGAGGCCAGCCAGUUAGCGCAAAAUGAGUUUGGACUUCAUUCAGAUGAUAUCACAAAAGAGUUUGCAUUGUCCGAUCAGAAUGCGGACCACUCGAUCUCUCCUGAAGCUGAAAUGUCCGAACUCAUGUUGAAUCUUAGAACGAAGCAGGUCGCCAACGAAGGAGCUAAUCUAUCACGUUUUGAUACGAGUGGUGACGGAAAAGUCAGUUACGAAGAGAUCAAGUCGGAAAUGCUUCGUCGUAUAGAUGGAUUCACCUUGAAGCAGAUGUUCAAAGCUAUUGACUUUGACAAGGACUAUCACCUAACUCCACUGGAAUACUUGGCACUUCUGAACGAGCUGAAGAUCUUCAAAGAGGAAGAAAGCAAGUCUCCAAAAAUCAUAGCGGCAAGGGGUGCAAGUGUUCCCGUAGAUGAUAAAAAACGUCACGAAGGCCUAACAGGGCCGACAACCACUUCAGUCAGAGGCGAACGAAGCGAUACUGGCUCUGGGCAGAGUUCAACAAUCACAAAGUCCUCUCCCACUACUGCUGUGGCCUCUGCAAGUGUACAAAUACGAGACAAGAGAGAUAACACUCACGGUAUGAUCAAGGUUGCGCCCUCACCAGCAAGGCAUGAAUUCCAGUUUGAUGAGGAUCCAGACACAGCCUUUGGUACUGAGGAGAGAAUUGCCAAAUAUAGAGCACAGUCACAAAACAUGAGGAAUAGGAGAGAAGCAGAAACAGCUCCUCCAGAAAUAGAGAAAGAAAAGAUAAACGAGCUCGCAAAGAUUCAAAACAACUAUCGCGGAGGUGGCAAAGCUCCAUCUAUCGACUUGUCGGUAACAGUUCCCUAUGACGAAGAUUACCAAUAA